UGCGUUUCAUGUUUGCUUGCCUUGACAGGCCACACGAGGGAGAGAAGCCACCUACCAACGUGCCAGACCAUUCAUCAGCUGGUGCUUAGUGGAGAAGUGGUUCGAAAAAGAAUUCAAAGAAGCUUGCGCAGUUACGGACUAUCUGGACCAAUAACCUUUAGAGUAUCGACUGUCAAGGUAGCUAGCCCCGAGGAGACCCGCUCGCAAGAUUUCGGAAAUGUGUAGCAAGUCAUCUGGAAUGUUCUUGGCAGUGCAGAGAACCAGUCUGCUCGGUAAUUAAUGAUAGAAAACACGAAGUGUCUGUUCCUAUUGAUAGCAUCGAGGCACGUUGGUGGAACCAAAAUCGCAGCUUGAAUCAGAAGUACGACCAACCGCGGGGUUAUUGCAUGUUAUCAUAGGAUUGGGAUCUGUGGUAUAGGGCGACGGUUGCUACCACUAGGAUGUAGCUGACAGUUUGGAGUUGAGAUGAAACCUUGACUCAGGGGAAUGUCAGGUGGAUAGUCCGAGUCGAAUUGAUGUGAUUUGUCCUUCUGGAUGAUGGUACUAGUAGGAACGCUCCUAGACUCUGACUCUGAGACCUGAGCGCCCAAAAGGGGUUGAUGUAAAAUCAUGAUCAUGAUAGGCGCCAGAGAGAAAGUGAAACUUGAAUUGAUGCUAUGGGACGCUUACCUAGUGGCCCACCUGGAGGCGAUAUAAGUACGAAGCUUGCAUGAAGAGUGAACUAGUACAACUUGGUUGAAGCAGGAUCAGCCACACCGAAACGAUGACCUUCGUUUUCACCAUGAUGGUCCCAGCUCGGCUAAGGGUUCACUAGUUCACUUUUUGACGUUUCAAACAACCUUUACUGUAACUUCUUCUUCAAGUUCCUAAUACUAGGCCUGAGCGAUGGCUGAUAACGAGUUUCGACCUUCAUCGCUCAGAAAAGAACUUGCAAAGUGCAAUCAUUGUUAUGUCAACGGGACAGAAAAGCGGCUUUCCGCAUGCAGCAGAUGUAAAGCCGCCAAUAAGCUUGCACCUCGCGCUUCAUAGAUAUUGUUCCAAGGAGUGUCAGACGGCAGACUGGGCUAAACACAAGGAAAUAUGCGGGAAAAACAGUGCUCACGCGGCUGCCUUGAACUCAUUCCACGCUCUAACGCUACCCAGAGAUAUCACGCGCACAGCGACACACGUCUUGCGCCUCUUUGUUCAACUUCGCACCGAUCACAAAGGCUCACCAGCCAAGUACUUCCGCAUUCUGGAAGCCAAAGUGGAAUCCAUCGAGGACGCAAAGACUUUCCCAGAUCCUUGGCAAGAGAGUCUUAGGGAUUUACAGAACAUGAGAGGGGACAGCGAGAAGAUGGGUCGUGGCACUAUAGCUGCGAUCGGCGUGGAAUGCCCACCUUUGGGGGUCCAGAUGAUCCCGUGCGGUUCAUUGAAACGUUCAAGCCUGAGCUCGGUGCAGCUACUCCCUAAUUGGAAGGACAUACUGACUAAGGACAUCGAGGAAGGCAAGAAGUUUCAGCGCUUUGGUUACUGAUUUAUGAUAUUUUUUUGAUAUUUGUUUUUGUGUUUUCGUCUUGAAUUCUAUACCAUCUCAGACUUGUAUCACUCUGUACAUCGGAAUCCAUGCAUGUGACACUUAGCGGCAGGU